AUUUGUAGUUACUUUUGUCUUUAUUCCCUGUGGACGCAUUCGCUGAGUAGCAGGGCCAAGCAAGCACUGGGUAUUUGUGGCAAAUGUGGCGUUAAGAGCCGUCUGAUGGAAGCGCAGUGUCUGCGAGAAAUCACAAGGAAGGAUAAAGUCACAGGCGUCCUCUGGUCGUUGAUGAUUACGUUCCAUCUGUUCGUUUCUUACAAUUAUUAUUAAUUAAUUUAUUUUAUAAAAUUAGAUUUAGAUUAAAAGAGAGUGAGAAAGAGAGAGAUGGAAUUGCAAAUGAAGGUGGCGCAGGCAGUUCACGUCCUCAAUCACGACACGCAGUCGUGCAACCGCGUGGCAGCAAAUCAGUGGCUGGUUCAGUUUCAGCAGACCGAUGCUGCUUGGGAGGUAGCCACCUCCAUCCUCACCUCCGAUCUUCAUCCUUCUUUCGUUUCCGAUUUCGAGGUCGAGUUCUUCGCCGCCCAGAUUCUUAAACGGAAGAUCCAAAAUGAGGGUUAUUAUUUGCAGUUAGGUGCUAAAGAUGCUUUACUAAAUGCCCUUCUUUUAGCUGCCAAAAGAUUCAGUUCAGGCCCUCCUCAGCUUUUAACCCAAAUCUGUCUUGCACUCUCUGCACUUAUUCUUCGGGCUGUUGAACGUGGAAAACCUAUCGAGCAACUCUUUUACAAUCUCCAGAAUCUUCAAAGUCAGGACGAUGGCAAUAUUGCUGUCUUGGAGAUGCUUACUGUUCUCCCUGAAGAAAUUGUUGACAAUCAGCAUGCUGAUGCUAAAAUAAGUGCAGUCAACAGAAGCCAGUAUGGCCAAGAGCUUCUAUCACACACUACGAUGGUUCUCGAGUUCCUGCUGCAGCAAUCUGAGAAAAGUUUUGCUGGUGGUGUACAACUACAUGAAAGGAACAAAAAAAUUCUACGUUGCUUACUGAGCUGGGUUCGAGCUGGGUGCUUCUCGGAGAUUCCCCCAGGCUCAUUACCAGCACAUCCAAUUCUUAAUUUUGUAUUUAAUUCUUUGCAGGUGCCCCCUUCAUUUGAUCUGGCUGUUGAAGUUCUUGUUGAACUUGUGAGUCGACAUGAGGGGCUACCCCAGGUUUUGCUAUGCAGAGUGCAUUUUCUUAAAGAAGCACUUCUUCUGCCUGCUCUUAAUAAUGGAGAUGAAAAAGCUAUUGGGGGUCUUGCAUGCUUAUUGUCAGAGAUUGGGCAGGCUGCACCAUCUCUGAUUGUAGAAGCAAGUGCAGAAGCACUUGCAUUGACGGAUGCGCUCUUGAGCUGUGUGGCGUUUCCAAGUGAAGACUGGGAGAUAGCAGACUCAACUUUACAAUUUUGGUCAAGUCUUGCAAGCUAUAUUCUUGGACUUGAGGAUGACAAUGCACAUAAUAGGAAGCACAAAGAAGACGUAUUUUUUUCUGUGUAUUCAACGCUACUUGAUGCCCUUUUAUUGCGUGCUCAGGUGGAUGAUUCUAUUUUUGAUGAUGAGAGAGAAGCACCAGAACUGCCUGAUAAUCUUGUACAUUUUAGAUCGAAUCUUGUUGAACUUUUGGUUGAUAUUUGUCAGCUUUUGAGAUCUCCUACAUUCUUACAGAAGCUAUUCUUUGGUGGUUGGGCCGCUGUGAAUAUUCCAAUACCUUGGAAGGAGGUGGAAACCAAAUUGUUUGCUCUUAAUGUGGUUGCUGAGGUAGUCUUACAGGAAGGCCAUAGUUUUGAUUUCUCUAUGGUCAUGGAACUGGUGACAUUGUUGUCCACUAGACCUUCCAAUGAGCUUAAGGGCUUCAUGUGCAUUGUAUUCAGAUCUCUUGCAGAUGUUGUUGGUUCCUAUUCCAAGUGGAUUUCUGCUUUUCAAUCAAAUGCCACACCUUUACUAUUAUUUCUUGCUACUGGGAUAUCAGGGCCUCUGUCGCUGAGUUCUUGUGCAUAUGCACUGCGCAAAUUUUGUGAAGAUGCACCAUCAGUGAUGUAUGAACCUUCUAAUUUGGAGAUAUUGAUGUGGAUAGGAGAGGGUUUGGAAAAGAGGCAUUUAUCUUUGGAAGAUGAGGAAGAAGUCGUGAGUGCCAUCAGUUUGAUACUUGGAUCUAUUCCUAACAAAGAACUAAAGAGUAACUUGUUGGCUAGAUUGCUUUCUUCUAGCUUUGAAGCUAUUGGGAAACUUGUUGACAAUGAUAAUAACCACUCUCUGAGACAGAAUCCCGCUACUUAUACACAAAUUUUGAGCUCUGCUGCAAGAGGGCUGUACAGAAUGGGAACUGUAUUUGGCCACCUUGCAACGUGCCUGCCAAGCGGACCUGCUGCAGACGAUCCAAUAUAUCCACUACUUACAGUUUUUUGGCCUAUGCUGGAGAAACUUUUCAAAUCUGAACAUAUGGAGAAUGGUAGUGUAUCCAUGGCAGCUUGCCGUGCACUUUCGCAAGCAAUUCAGUCCUCAGGCCAGCACUUUGUACCACUACUGCCCAAAGUAUUAGAUUGCCUGUCAACGAAUUACAUGUCAUAUCAAAGUCAUGAAUGCUUCAUCAGAACAGCUUCUGUUGUUAUUGAGGAAUUUGGUCACAAAGAGGAAUAUGGGGCUCUAUUUGUUACCACAUUUGAAAGAUUUACACAUGCAGCAUCAGUAAUGGCUCUUAAUUCUUCAUAUAUAUGUGACCAAGAACCUGAUCUAGUGGAGGCCUACACAAAUUAUGCAUCAAUGUUUGUUCGCUGCUCCCAUAAGGAAGUACUUGCUGCUUCUGGUUCACUCAUUGAAAUUUCCUUCCAAAAAGCAACCAUAUGUUGCACGGCCAUGCAUCGUGGAGCAGCACUGGCAGCAAUGUCGUACUUGUCUUGUUUCUUGGAAGUAAGUUUGGCUUCUUUGUUGGAUUCUGUGACUUGUAUCCCUGAAGGAUCGUUCAGUGCCAUGGCUAUUCAUGUCAUAUCCCACUGUGGGGAGGGACUUGUCUCCAAUCUGGUGUAUGCUUUACUUGGUGUCUCAGCAAUGUCACGGGUUCACAAAUGUGCAACGAUCUUGCAACAGUUGGCAGCACUAUGCAGUCUAAGCGAAAGAACAUCCUGGAAGGUUAUUCUUUGCUGGAAAUCAUUGCAUGGUUGGCUACAGUUGGCGGUGCAAGCUCUUCCAGUUGAGUACCUAAAGCAAGGUGAAGCGGAAACCUUAGUGCCAGCUUGGUGCAAGGCACUCGCUAGUGCAGCCUCUGAUUAUCUUGAGAGCAAGAGUUGUGAAGGAUUACAUAAUGAUUAUGGGCAUAUGCAAGGAAAAGGGGGAAGAGUUCUAAAACGAUUAAUCCGUGAAUUUGCUGAUAGUCACCUUGGAAUGAUUGUUUUCAGGCUCAUUCAACCUUGAGGCUUACAGUGAGCAGGUUUCUUGAGCAAGUUUCUGAUAUACAUGUUCCGCAUUUAAAUGCCCUGUACAGUAACAUGUGCCAAUUUUGUCUGAAUCCCGAGAGGAUAGGAUGUCAUUCUUAUUUUAUUUGAUUUGUCAAACCCUAGGUUUCAAUAUGCAGGAGUUGCUAGAAAUGAGGAUGAAAAAUGAAAUAUGUUACGUGAGAAAUCAGUAAGUCUGAAAAAGUCUGUUGUCAAGCUACGUGGACAUAUGAUUUGAGAUUACUAGAAAUACAUGAUCAUAGAAUCAUUUUUAGCUGGGGUGUGUCCUUCGGCUGCAAUAAUCCAGGGCAACUUGUGUGUACGGUGUGUAUAUGAGUGGUAAUAGUUUAUAUAUCUUUAUUGGGCAACUUGGACAUGAACAUAGAUAUAAUAAUUUGAAACGACCAGUUACCUCC